AUGGAAAACUUCACCAUCAACCUCUCCAACCUCCACGUCCCCUCCCUCGCGGAGUUCCCGCACCUGCCGCCCGCUGACGACUCCCCGGCGCAGAAGCGCCUCUACUGGUUCUUCCGCGGCCUCGAGUCGAUGCUCGAGCGGCACCUGUGGCGCAUGGAGCCGUGGCUGGAUUUCCUGAAGACAACGGGGCUGCACGAGGAUGAGGAGGCGGAGUUUGACGAGCUUUGGCGCCAGAAAUGCGUGCUGGAGGAUGCGGUCAAUUGGGCGGGCAGGCUGUAUGGUGGGGAGGAGUAUGAGGGGGCGGUUUGA